GAAUCAGUAGAAGGUAUUUGCUGACGGCGGCCGAGGAGAGUCAUUCAGUGUGAGACGUGUCUCUUUCCUCUGUGUACCUCCUUCCUCUCCGGCCAUGGCUCCCAAAGGCAGCAACAAGCAGCAGUCCGAGGAGGACCUACUACUACAGGACUUCAGCCGCAACCUGUCUGCUAAAUCCUCCGCACUCUUCUAUGGGAACGCCUUCAUCGUGUCCGCCAUCCCUAUCUGGCUGUACUGGAGAAUUUGGCACAUGGAUCUGGUGCAAUCGGCUGUCCUGUACAGUGUCAUGACCCUUGUCAGCACAUACCUUGUGGCCUUUGCCUAUAAGAAUGUGAAAUUUGUUCUCAAACACAAGGUGGCACAGAAGCGAGAGGAUGCUGUCUCCAGGGAGGUGACCCGCAAGCUGUCUGAGGCUGACAAUAGGAAGAUGUCUCGUAAGGAAAAGGAUGAGAGGAUUCUUUGGAAGAAAAAUGAAGUUGCUGACUAUGAAGCCACCACCUUCUCCAUCUUCUACAACAACACACUCUUCCUGGUUGUGAUCCUUGUUGCUUCCUUCUUUAUACUGAAAAACUUAAACCCUACAGUAAAUUACAUUUUGUCAAUGAGUGUUUCUUCUGGCCUUAUUGCUCUGCUGUCGACAGGAUCAAAGUAAAGUCUCUGACUGGCAACUGACUGGAGCAACGAACCUUUUAUGUAUUACUUUUUUUUUUAAAGUUUGCCACAUGUACAAUAAACAUCAAUUUGGAUUUCUACUCUUA